AGCUGCUAUGAUAAAAAUGAUUCCAUCAAAACCAAUGUGUGUUGAAAGAUUCGCUGAUUAUCCACCAUUGGGUCGAUUUGCUGUACGUGAUAUGCGUCAAACAGUGGCUGUAGGUGUUAUCAAAGAUAUCGAAAAGAAAGUUGGAACAGCAGGCAAAGUCACCAAAUCGGCAGCAGUAGCUGCUAAAGGUGGCAAGAAAUAG